AUGGCCCGUACUCGAGCCCAAGCAGUCGCCCAGGAAGGGCUCGUAUCACCGGCGUCAAAGGGCCAAGGAACACGACCCCAAGCCAUCCAGUCGCGCAAAGGCGCAACCACGAUCAGUGAGACGUCGUCUCAACAGAAUCCACCCGCGCUACAGAGCAGAGGCCGCAAGCGCAAGCAACCGAUCGAAAUCGCAGUCGAACCCGGUGCGGACCGAGAACGCCGUGGACCGAAGCGACAACAGACAUCCCCAACACGCCCUGCAGGGAACACAAUUGACGAGCUCCUUUCAAGGAAGCGUGGGAUUGACGGCCCCGCGGAGAGCAAUCUGCCCCGAGCGAAACGGGUCCGGAGAGCGAAGGCGUUGGAGCACGCGUCACAAGAGCGAGCCAUAUCGGAUCACGCCGACUUCCACUCAUCCCGAGAGAAUCUAGCAGCAUCCGUUGAAGGCGAAGGCGAGAAGCUAUCACAUGCAAUUCAAGAUACACUCGAUCAGGCUCCAGACGGGUCCCUUAAGAAACGCCGGCGAACAUCCCUUGGACAGUCUAUCCAAGAGGCGGGUGACGACACCGAGGAUUGGCGAAACAUAAUCGAUUUCUGGAGAAGGGAAGGGUCUUGGCCCAAUAAAUAUUUUGAACCGGAUGACUCGACUAGGAAGGAUUUCGAGCGACAGUCUGAAGACAGCUGGCUUAAGGAAAUGGAACGGUACGAUCCGACCGUAAAACUACUUUUUGCGAAGAAGAAAACGACAUCUGUCAGCCGCAAGCGGUCUGGAUCCGACAGUUCCACAACGGCAAGCCAGGAUACGACGCCCAGCGAUCAGAGGCUGAGGGAGGAGAAGAAUGCGCCGUAUCGAAACCCGCGGUACCCGCUCCUGCUUCAAACUAAGGGCUCGUACAUGGGCAUCUCUGAGCUUGGCGUUACGGAUACCAGCAAGCAGCUUAUCCGAGACCUCCUCAGUGGUGAACAGUCCGUUCCCAAGGAGACGCUCUUCGACGACGAUAUCUUUGUGGAAGCUUGCUGCAACCUCGAGACCAAAAACGAGGCGAGGAUUAUUCAGGACAUUUCUAGACUUAUCGUUCCCUCGGCGGAAUCGCUUGCACUCUGCGAUAAAAAGUAUAAACACCUGAUCGAGAGUGUCAACGAGGGGUGGAACAACUCGAUACCUCUCACCAACCCUCGUCCCCAGCCUGACUACUCUGUUGGCUUUAGGCGAGAUGCGUUCACCGAGGACCAGCUCGCCAAGCUGUCGCCAUUCAUUGGCGACUUCAUCGUCGGAGACCAGUCCUUCUUCAUGGCGACGUACUACAUGUACUUCCCGUUCCUGACUUGCGAGGUGAAAUGCGGGGCCGCGGCGCUCGACAUUGCAGACCGGCAGAACGCCCACAGCAUGACCCUUGCGGUACGGGGCAUCGUCGAACUCUUCCGUGCUGUCAAGCGCGAGCAUGAGGUCAACCGGAAGAUCCUCGCCUUCUCUGUCUCGCAUGACCACCGGUCGGUACGGAUCUACGGCCACUACCCGGUGAUAAGUGGGAAAGACGUCAAGUACUACCGGCACCCGAUCCAUGACUUUUCCUUCACCGCGCUCGACGGAAGGGACAAAUGGACAGCAUAUCGAUUCACGAAAAAUGUCUACGACACAUGGAUGCCCGCUCACUUCAAAAACAUCUGCUCUGCCAUCGAUCAGUUGCCGUCGGAUUUGGACUUUGAUGUCCCACCAUUGUCUGAGGCGACUGGGCUUUCCCAGGAUUUGGGAAACUUAAUGCAGUCAGAUGGCAGCUGCGCUUCUAUGCCUGACGAGCGGGGCAGCCAAUCGAGCAAUGCCGAGCAGCAAGCGGUCACUCCGGGUACCUCAUUUAGUGAGCCGAAGAGGAGGAAAGGAUAAGGCCUGGAAGGGCCGUGAGGUGUUGGCGGG